UAAAAUCCUGUUUUUAAAAUUUCUGUUUGUAUGUUGGAUGCCUCCGCUAUGUAUUGCAAUAAGACAUUGAUGGUGCUAUAGUAGCAGCUUUACUAUUAGCUAUUCUUCAUAUUCAUCAUAUAUUACAGUCAAUUAAUCCUUUGUUUACAGCUAUUAGAUACGGUAUAAUUGAGGUAAUGACAUAAGAAUACAUAUGGCUGCCCAAGCAAAGAUUUUUGAAGUGUACUCGCCCUCCUGUACACCUUUGAGAUGCUCACCACCACUCUUGCCAUAUCCUGCGCCUCCCUGAUAUCCAUCCUAACUCAAGUACCUUGACUCCCAGGCUCCCUGAUGGGCUGGUAGAUGGUCUCCUGCCAUCACUGAUUGCUAGUGUCUUUGCUGGCUUCCUGCGCUGGCAGAUAAGCUUCUGGGCUAAUUUCCUGAUCUCCCUACUGGACGGCAGACAGGUCUUUCAGCCUCCCUUCUGGACCAACACCCUGGCUGAAGGAAUGAAUGCUCUAAACCAGCAAGGAACAUCAGAGCUGCUCUUCCUGUCCUGUUACAAGAAGGAAAGGCUUAUUCAGAUCCAUUCCACUAUCACUGGGUUACAUGGUUCUCCCUUUACAGAUAGGAGCUGUAAUGCCUUCUUCUUGGCUCUGUUAAUAAAAUGAGUCAUCUCUGAUGGGAUCCCUGGACUUAGGUUCCCAAGCACUUGAUUGGUCAGUUGCUACUUGACUGCAUUGAAGGUUCUCUUUUCAUAAGUGAUGUGAUAUGGAAUAUAGGGUGAGGGAGCAGAACAUUUUAGGAAAGGAAAAUAUGAAUACGCCAAACAGCAAGGUAUUCUCAGCACAAUAGUGUUUCAUCAAAUUUUCAUCAAAUAGAUAUUUUUCACUACAUCAGUGAUUCAUUUAUGAAUCAUGAUAUUCAGGUUCAAUGUGGCUUUUCUUUGGUGGUUAUCAUUUCUUACAAUUCUUUAAGGACUAAUCAGAUCUAUGUUUUUUCCAGCUGUUAGCCACAUACAUACAUUACCUCCCUUUUCAUUUUUUUCAUUAUACAUUUGAUACAGUUCAAUAUGAGAGAAUGCACCACAGACACCAUAGCAUUGUAUCAGAUUAAAUGCAAACAUUACAAUGACAUUUACAAUUGAGAAUGAUUUCUCCUUUUGUGGGUAAAUCAUCUACCUCUCUACUCCAGAUCUAUCUUUUUUGCAAACUAAUAUCUCAGUCUGUUUCUCUGACAUCUUCUUAUGGAUAUCUAGCCAUCAGCUCAAGCUCAACGUAGCUAAAACUGAGCUCGUAAUCUUUCUGCCAAACCCUCUCCACUACCUCCUUUCUUGGUCACCGUGGACAACAUCACCAUCCUGCCUGUCACUCAAGCCUAUAACCCGGGCAUCAUCUUUGACUCAGAUGCCUCUAGGUCCCCACAUCCAGGCUGUCUCUAAAACUUUAUUCUUUCUGCAUUACAUCUCUAAGAUACUGCCUUUCCUAUCCAUUCAAACCGCGAAACCUCUCCUCUGGGCUCCUGCCAUUUCACAUCAUAAUUACUGCAAUAACCUUCUCCCUGGCCUUGACAAAUACAAUCUUGCUCCACUGAUAUCCAUUCAGAAUGCUGCUACAAAGAUCAUUUUCCUAGCCGUGGCUUUGACCAUGUCACCUCUCUCUUUGCAUCCACUGGCAUCCCCUUCUCUAGCACAUCAAACAUAAGCUUCUAUGUUCACUUUCAAUCUUUUACAACUUAUCCCAUACUUAUCACCGCUUAGUCAUUAUUGAGAUGUCAACUGCUGCCUCCAGUUGGCCAAUUAUGCCAGCCUCCUGGCCCACUUGUCUGAAAAUUUAACAAGUACCUUUGUGCUUUCUCCCAUGUUGCCCCUCAUGAUUUGGAAACACUCCCCGUAAAACAUCCAUAAAGCUACCUCAUUAUCAUCUUUCAGAUCUCUCCUUAACACUCUCCUUUUCCAUAAUGCCUACAUAAACAUGACAUAGUCAGGCUGCUGGUGUGCUGAGAUCACUGCCUAUCAUGCUGACCAGUGCUGUCUCCUUGAUGCCUUGUAAAGGAAGUAUUUCUUCACACAAUGCACAGUCAACCUGUGGAACUCUUUGCCACAGGAUGUUGUGAAGGCCAAGACUAUAACAGGGUUCUAAAAAGAACUAGAUAAGUUCAUGGACUAUAGGUCCAUCAAUGGCUAUUAACCAGGAUGGGCACGAAUGGUGUCCCUAGCUUCUGUUUGCCAAAAGCUGGGAAUGGGCGACAGGGGAUGGAUCACUUGAUGAUUACCUGUUCAUUCCCUCUGCGGCACCUGGAAUUGGUCACUGUUGGAAGACAGGAUACUGGGCUAGAUGGACCUUUGGUCUGACCCAGUAUGGCCAUAGUUAUGUACUCCCAUCUAUCUCUAUCCAUCAGUUAUCUCUCAUUUUAUACUUAAAUUUUAAGCUCUUUGGGAAGGGUCCAUCUUUUCGUUUUGUGGAGCACCUAGCACAAUGGGGUCCUGGUCCAUGAUAGGUCUUCUAAGCAUUAUGGUAAUAGAAAUAAAUAAUAACAGUAUUUAUGCUCCUCAGUGCUUUGGAGCAUCUUCCCAGUAAAGAAUCUUACAGGUUCCUUGAGUGCUCAUGCUACACCCCUUAAUAUAGCUACAAUAUACAAAUACUGAUACAAGAUAAAAACGAUCCUGGGACAGUUCCUCAGUGUGUGUAGUUCAGUGUAGCUCUAUUGUCUUCAGUGGCGUUACUCUAAUUUACACCAGCUGAGGAUCUUGCCCAGGCAUUUUAAUACAAAUUCCUUCAGAAAGGCAACAUUAGCAGACAUUGCCAUAAAGAGAAAUUGCAAUUUUGGAAUACAUCACUCUCUUUUUGCUUCAGAUUAUACACAGCAAUGACAUCUGCUCAAAGCCAUCCUAAUUUAGAUGUGUCAGAAAUUUGAUAGGAUUUAGCCCUGAUUUAGUCCAAAACACUGCCUGACAAUCAAUCUUCUGCCCUGAAAAAUAAACACACUUUUAAUCCAGAGUCCUCAUUCUCCUUCCUCUCAGCUAUAGUUCUUGUCAACUUACAUUAGACAAGAAUACCACAAAAUAAAAUUUAAAUACCUCCAAACACCACAAAGGCACUUUAUGCAGAAACAACAGUACUUGCGGCAUCAAGCAGGCUGGCCAUCUAGAUUCAUCUGUGCUUAGCACCUAUCUAGUGAAACUGUCAUAUCACCUUGUCAGCAGGCCCACAGCAGUGGUUAUAGUUGGGUCAGUGGGUAGGCAGCUGAAAAACUACUACAAACAUCAAAUGCAUUUGCUGAGGGCAGGAUUCCAAGCUGGGAAACUGUUGUACGUCCAGUACUUCUACACAUAAAAACAUAAGAACAGCCAUCCUGGAUCAGACGAACACUCCAUCUAGCCUAGUAUCCUGUCUUCUGACAGUGGCCAAUGCAGGGUGCCUCCGUGGGAACUGGCAGAACAGGCAAUCAUCCAGUGAUCCAUCCACUGUCAUCCGCUCCCAGCUUCCAUCCCUGACCAUCCAGGCUAAUAGCAAUUGAUGGACCUAUCCUCCGUGAACUUACAUAGUUCUUUUUUUAACAUACUUAUGGCAUGUACGUUGAUAUGUGAUUAUCUCUCUAUCUCAGAGCUGAAUCAGUUUUGAAAAUAUCUGAAAUUUCUUACAUAGUAUAAAGUAAAGUAAUUUAGAAACUAGCUCAGACUUUCACCUAAGAAACACUUGGGCGAGAGAGAGAAAUUAUAGCAAAGUUUCCCUCCCACUCCUUACCCACUCCAGUUUGAGCACUUCAGAUAUAGUCUAUAUUAAACCAGCUAAAAAACACAAAAUGGCCAAAUAGCAGCAAACUGAUCAUGUAGCGCACCAAGCACAUUCUCGGUACUUAGUAAAUAAUAAUAAUAAGCUAGACAGAGCACAUCCAAGACUCCAGGAAACAAUCUGAGAGGGGGACGGACUAAUUAAUGAUCAGAGGUAUUUUCCAUCUCUGAUAUCUAUUUUCUACAUUUAAAUACAAAGCACAUUUUAACACCAACUGAUUCCAGUCAAGUCUAGUCUGUGCUGCAUGAAUCCAACCCAGGAGUUUUCUUCUCCCUUUCAUGUUGCCAACAUAAAAUGCCUGCUCUAGACAACUACAGCAGAAACUUCUCAAUUUAUUUGCAUUUGCUGGGGUAUUUUUGUGUUGUUUUUUGCUGGAGGGGGUGUCUGUAAAUUUUAAAGUAAUAACACAGCUCAGGAGAAAGUGCCCAAGUGCUGUAUUGGGUAAUCAGAGCUCUGCUCCCAUCACAGACUCAUUUCCCGCCUGAACAUCUUUGCAACAAUGAAAUGUGCUGAUGAGCUACCUUGACUGGAUGUUGCAGCUACAAAGUCCAUGAGCAUGAUGUAGAAACUGAAAAAGAAAAAUAACUGCGGCACUGAACAUAAAAUGCACUCACCUGACAAUGUGGCCCCCUCUCCCCUAGGGCCACUGGUAGACCAACAGUGAGUGAGAGAUACUGGUAUGGACCAGUAGCAAAUUAUCAUCACCCUGGAGGCAAAAGGGAAGCCAAGGAGGAUACAUCUACUUGCUACCCCCAGCUCUGUAUAUGAUUGAAAAAUCACAGUUUAGUCCAUUGUAACCAGUGGGACUACUUGCAGAGAAAGGUGCUAUGCAUCGUAACGGUUGCAGAAUCAGGUCUUGGAUUAUUGUCUUAGAACCUGUUACAAAAAGUGACUUUGAAUCACAGAAGUUUAGUUUGACCAUCUCCAAAAAAUAAAAACAAAAGAUUGAAAAUCAUGUCAGAAUCACCCCAGGAGCUGUGGGACCCAACUGUCACAAAAGGUUGCCAGUUGCUACAGGGCUGUGCUGUUGGAGAGCUUGACCUACACAGCAGUGACUCCUCCAGGAAUCCCCCUCUCUAGCUUUGUCCCUUCAACAGUGGAGCUGUCUCUCAGGGCAAUGAAUAAGACCAGCUCCUCUGAAGCACUAGUGCUUUGGGCAGCUGUAUAAGCCAUCCCCACCACCCAUCAAUACAGCAGCAGAAAGAAAUGAAAAGGCAGCAAGCUGCCUAGCAGCAGUACUCAGACUCUUCACACAUCUUGUAGAGUUAAGUCACAAAUUUAACCUAUCUGUGUGAAAAGCUUUUAUACUCAUGCUUCAUUUCCUCUCUAUUUAUAUUCAUAUUAAAAAUCAGGAAAUGAAAUACAAGGUCAGUAGUGAUCAGAAGUCAUUGCCUCUUGCUGAAUGUUUGGUGAUUUAUGUGUAAUGGUCUCAAUCCAAUUUCUAGUGAACAUCUGCCUACCUCACAAAACCAACCAACCAAAAACCUUACCAAUUAGUUCUAAUUUGCAUCUGGACAGAGACCAAGAAACCAAUGGUCAUAAGAAGUAAAUUCUUUGAGUCCAGGAGUGGUUCUUCCAGGGCAGGCAUGAGGCACACUAAAUCUUCUCCAGUUCUCUUUGCAUCCCCAAACUGCCAGUAAAGUCAGUGAAGUUCUGGGUGUGUAAGGAAUUCAAGCCCAUAAAUAAAGCAUAGCAGAGAAGCUUACAUUGAAGAUAUUGUAUUCUAAGAUCUCCUUGGUAGGGAGUAUUUCUUAUUCUGUGUUUGUAUAGCACCUAGCACAAUGGCCCUUGAUCCUCUGGCCCUGCUGUAAAACAAAUAAUAAAAUAAUAAUAAAAAAGAACAGUAACAGAAAUUAAAUAUAAAUAUCGACUGCUACAUAAUAUUAAGGGUCUGAAUUGUUGUCAUAAAGGCAAGCAAACUCAAAGCUGAUUCUGCAGGUCAGAUCUUUAGCUGCAUCAGAGCUCAGAGCUGAAAGAGGUGGGGAGCACAAGUGACUGUUACCCACCUUUGUGCUCCUUUGAUCCUUGAGACCAAUUCUUCCCCCUGUAAAACUUAGGGCAGCUUCAGAGCUGCUCUAAAUUACACCUGGCUGCAAAAAAGACUGUUUUACAACCAGGGACUGCUCAAAUGCAGCAGGGUUCCAGUCUUCACCUCUUCGAUAGCUCUGACAUGCCCCUCAUUCCGGGGUAGUGAGAGGGUAGCAUAGAGCUAGUACUGUGGCCCUAUACAAACAGUGGGGGUUCCUCUACACCAGGGGAACUCUGACUGUUUUGAGUUGCCAAAACAGCAUUGCCAAGAGCUGGGAUCUGGCCCUCCAUUCUCAGCCCAUCCUGUUGGGAGGGGACCACAAUGCUCUGGUCAGUUUUUCAGUAUAUAUUUCUUCAUCCUUUUUAUAUAAAAAACAAAAACAAAAAAACUUUUUUAAGCUGAAAAAAUUAAUUAAACCCUUGAAAUGUUGAAUGGAUUUCUAUUACAUCUAUAAAGCUCAGGAUAUUAACUAGAGUAUCAAGGUGAAGUGAGGCUGUUCUGCUCUUACUGAAGUUCUGAAGUAAUCAAUACAAUAACCCCAAAUGAGUUUGUGUAUUUGAUGGAUGUUGUACAAUUGGAUGUAAAAGGCACAAAUGCUGCAUGAUAAGUUAUGGCCAAGCAAUAUGGUUGGCAAAGUGAUGGUUAAAAAAUGGCUGUGAUUGACCACAGCCUGUGACUGACCCCGUAGGAAUGGUCUGGUGGGACCUGUCAUUUCUAGAGACUUGGGGCUCCAGAUCAGGAUGGAUUGCUAUACAUUGGGACCUGCUGAUUCCAUGGGCCUGGACACUAGGAUCUCAAAUGGACCACAGCAGCUGGGAGUUGUCUCACAUACUGAUGCUGGGUCCUACUGUUGUAGAAGAGUGUUACAGCUGAAGUCCCAGAAAUUUGGAGAUUUUUUUUUAUGGAAAACCCUUCUUUGCAUAUUUGCAGGAUAUUCAUCCCUUUAUUUCCACAAAAAUCCCCCACCCUCACUCCGCCAACCAUUUCUGCCUGCGCCUCCCCUUGCGUUUUCCCUGUAGCCCUCAAUUUGGGUCUCCGCCGUUUGCCAUUUCGGUGAUACCAACAGGUUCUCCUCUCCCCACUCAACCCUUUUCCUUUCUACCACUUCUCUCUAGUUCCCUACAUCUGCCCUCAAGUUUUCUCCUGUCCUCCCCAUCUCCCCUGCCACACUAUGCUCCCUGAUGCCGCCUGGAGCAUGAGUCCCCUACCCACCCAGGGCCAUAGAGAUAUGGCUAGAGUGGCUGCCGACACAGUGUCACCCUGUCCGUCGUGCUGGCGCUCUACCCAUGCUUGUGGCGGCCGGCUGGGCUACACUCUAGGCAGAGUCUCUAUGGUUAGAAUCCUGUGGCCUCCGAAGGGCACUGGCAGUUGGAAGGAGCCUGAGGCAGGAGGCCACGACAACAGCCCCAGAGACGCAGAGCACCCCCACCCCCCCGCAACAUCACACCAGAGGAGACGGCAGCAGGGCCCCUCCACACCCCAGAGAUGGCCCAGCCCCCAGGGGACCCAGAGGGGUGCAGGCCCCAGAGCAGCUGGGAGAUGGGCAGCGGCCCGGCCUCCCCUGCUCAGCAUCGAGCCUGGCUGUGGACAGCCGUCUUCCCCACACUCUGCAGCCUGGGGAGGAGUGACAGCAGCGCCGCCCUCCCUCAGCACAGUGACCUGAGCAGCCAGGAGGAGGUGCAUCUAGGGGCCCCAGAGAGGAGCAACAGCAGCACUGCCCCUCGUCCUGAGCGCCAGUUCCGGCAAUGGGCGGCCGCCUUGCCUGCCCUCUGGGGCGAGGAGGAAUACAGCUGCGAGCAUGGCUCUGUGAAGUAUCUAGCCCUGUGCGGCCUGGGUGGCGUGGUGAGCUGCGGCCUGACCCACACGGCUGUGGUGCCACUGGACCUGGUGAAGUGCCGCAUGCAAGCAGAGCCCAGUCGCUACCGGGGCAUGCUGCAGGGCUUUGCUCUCACCAUGAAAGAGGAGGGGAUGCGUGGCCUGGCCAAGGGAUGGGCCCCCACCUGCGUGGGCUACUCCAUGCAGGGCCUCUGCAAGUUUGGCUUAUAUGAAGUCUUCAAGCUGCGCUAUGCUGACAUGUUGGGACCUGAGCGAGCCUACCUGUGGCGGACCAGCCUCUAUCUGGCUGCCUCAGCCAGUGCUGAGUUCUUUGCUGACAUUGCUCUGUCCCCCAUGGAGGCAGCCAAGGUGCGAAUCCAGACGCAGCCAGGUUACGCCAACACGUUACGGGUGGCUCUCCCCAAGAUGUACUCUGAGGAGGGGCUCUGGGCCUUCUACAAGGGGGUGGCUCCGCUCUGGAUGCGCCAGAUCCCCUACACCAUGAUGAAGUUUGCCUGUUUUGAGCGCACCUUGGAGGCCCUCUAUGCCUAUGUGGUGCCCAAACCACGCAGUGAGUGCUCCAAGGCUGAGCAGCUUGGCGUCACCUUUAUUGCUGGCUAUGUAGCUGGUAUCUUCUGUGCUGUAGUCUCCCACCCAGCUGACUCUGUGGUGUCUGUGCUCAACAAGGAAAAGGGCAGCAGCGCUGUGGAAGUCCUCAAGAAACUGGGCUUCAUAGGCGUGUGGAAGGGCCUCUUUCCCCGCAUCCUCAUGAUUGGCACCCUCACAGCCCUGCAGUGGUUCAUUUAUGAUUCAGUCAAGGUCUAUUUCAGGCUCCCUCGGCCCCCACCACCAGAGAUGCCUGCAUCACUGAAAGAGGGGUUUUUCUUUAAGUAGAUUCAGCCCAUAGAUGCUGCAUUGUGAGUUUAGUUCCUGCUGCAUUGUACUGUUUCAUUUGCGACUCUGUGGAUCUGUUUCAGGCUCCUGGACCAACUCCCAUCUCAAAAAGCUACCUCUCCAGAUAGAGACUGAGGGGAGUGGUUAGCCUUUUCCCACAGACCUUGCAGUUAUACUGUCACUUCACUACAUAGUUCAUUCUGCCAAUUUCAGGUUCCAACCAUCAUCUUAGAUGCUCCCAUCUCUGGACUUUUGCCUAGACAUGAAUUUACAUUUAACAGCUCUGUUAAAGGUGUAUUUCUGCAAAGGCUUAAAUCUAUCAGUAUGUGGCUCUUAAUGCCUGUGUUUAUUUUGUUUGCUGUGGAUAGUGACUCUGAAAACUUUGAAACACAACAGAGUCAUAUUCCCCUGUUAUAGAGAAAAUUGACAUGUAUUUUAAAUGGGUGCUUAUAUUACACUCAUAUACAAUAUUUAGUGGAAUCAAAACAUUAAAAAUGGCUAUGAAUAAUAUAAGUUAAUAUGUUCAGAAUAUAAUAAUUUACAGUAUCCCUAGACAAAAGUGUUUACCCACAUUGUUUAUUGGAAUUGCAUAUUUGAAAUUUUGUUUAUGGAAUGUUAUAUUUUGUAAAGGUUAGAAUAUUAAUGACAGUUAUUUAUGUGUGUUUGAUAUAAAACUGCUGAGAUGUUUGAAGGAGUAUUUGUUAAUGGUUGAUUACACAAAGGUGUCCUGGCUCCCAAAUUAGAAAAACUGGCCAUAAAAUAGAGUUAAUCCUGCUUACCUCUCACUUACAUACCUUAUUUUUAAUAAAUAAUUUGGGAUAGAAAAAUAAAUAUAAUAUGCCCUAAUUUGGUGCCAUUUCUAUCUCUUAUGUGGCAAACACUCUCCUUUAUUUAAACAUAGAUCAAAUUGAUGUGUGCUGUGGGUUUUCUUCGAUAAAAGGGAUAUGGGCAUGGUGUAACUUAAAUGAGAUAUGGCCUGCAAGUCACUCAUUUAUGCAAGAAUGCCAGACAUAAUAUACAUCUGAACAUAAUUUUCCCAAGAAUGUUAUUUAUUAAAUGUUUAGAAAUGUUAUGUGGAAAUUUAAAUAGUUAACAAAGCAAAUAAAAAUGCUUUUUGUCCUGUGGGAAAUCAUUAUUUAUAAAAGUGUUUUAGUCACUGUGGAAAUAUAGAAUCUUUAUGGAAUUGCUGCUAUUAUAGUAAGACAGUAGAGUAACUGUAGUACACAGGUCAUGUGUUGUGGGCAUUUACAGUUGUUUGAAUGGAAUGACUAAGACAAUUCUGCAACACUUCUAAAUAAAUGUAAAAAUAUAGUGUUCUAUUCUUGGGGCCUAAUCCAAAGUCCAGUGAAAUCAGCUGAAAGAUUCUGAUGGACUUCCCUUGGCUUUGGAUCAGUUUCCUGGAGAAUUAAAAUAGCCACAAGAAAUGGCCAAGAAAUAUGUGACCAGAAAUAUACAUUUCUUUUACCCUUUUGAAAUGCUUGCAUGGUAUAUACUACAUUACACAAAACAUCAAAUGGCCCACAACAAGCUGCUGUUCUACAUCUUGAAUUCACUGACAUGCAAAAAGGGUUAAAAAUCUCAACAUAUAUAUUACAUGCCAGAGGUUCUCAACCAGGGUCCGUGGCCCUCUGGGGGGCCGCCAGAAGGUUUCUGGGGGUUUGCCAAGUAGGGCCAACGUUAGACUCACCGGGGCCCAGGGCUGAAAGCCAAAGCCCCACCACAUGGUGCUGAAGCCCUGGACCCUGAGCCCUACCACGUGGGGCUGAAGCUAAAGCCUGAGCAAUGUAGCUUUGCCGGGGCUCCUGUGGCAUGGGGCCCCAGGCAAUUGCCCUGCUUGCUACCCCUUAACACUGGC